AUGUCCCUGUACAAGAUUACUGUUCUGGGCACGGGAGGGGUGGGCAAGACUGCGGUCACCAUCCGUCUGUGCUCCAAUCACUUUGUCGAGUAUUACGAUCCGACGAUUGAGAACAGUUAUAGGAGACAAAUCAUGAUUGAUGGCGAAGUGGCCGUACUUGACAUCCUCGAUACAGCCGGCCAAGAGGAGUUCAGCGCCAUGCGAGCACAGUGGAUCCGGCAGGGCGAAGGGUUCGUCCUCAUGUACAGCAUUGACAAGAAGGACGCGUUUCACUACGUCAAGGUGCUGCACGACCUGGUGCUGAAGACGAUCGACGUGGACAAGGCCGAGGCGCCGCCGAUGGCCAUCGUGGGCAACAAGGUGGACCUCGAGCGCGAGGGCCAGCGCGAGGUCUCCACCGAGGAGGGCCAGCAGCUCGCCACCAGCCUCGAUUGUCUGUUCUUCGAGGCGAGCGCCAAGGAGAUGAUCAACGUGGAGGAGACCUUCCUCGAGCUCACGCGCGCCAUCCGCAAGCGAAGUAAGGCCCAGGCCGACGCCGAAGCCGACGCCGACGGCGCCGCCGGCAAGAAGAAAAAGAAAGGCCGAGGCAGCAGCAUCAUCAUCAAAAAGCAGUGCCAUCUCUUCUGA